AUGUGCAGCGAUGGAGUCUGCUUCAAUGGGGGCCAGUGUCGGGAAGGACCCAACCAACUCUGUGAAUGUCCUGCAGGAUUCAAUGGGCCAAGCUGUCAGUAUGACGUGAAUGAAUGUGAGGAAACCAACGGAGGCUGCGAGGCUCUUUGCUGUAACACCAUAGGAAGCUUUUACUGCAGGUGUCCCUCUGGACAGAAGCUGAACGAAGAUGGCAAAACAUGUGAAGAUAUAGAUGAAUGCCAGGUCCAUAACGGAGGCUGCCAGCACAGAUGUAUUAACACCAGAGGCUCGUACUAUUGCGAAUGCCACCCUGGCUCCAGGCUCCAUGUGGACAGUCGCACCUGCCUCACCGUGUACUCAUGCGCUGUCCGCAACGGAGGAUGCGAGCACUACUGUCUGCAGCAGUCGGCUUCACAUUUUCGCUGCCGCUGCAAGCCAAAUUACGUGUUGGCAGAGGAUGGCAAGCACUGUAAACUGCAGAAUCCUUGUGCAGAUCAGAAUGGAGGCUGCAUGCAUGAGUGUCGAGUUGAUGGAGGAAAGCCUUUCUGUGAUUGCAAACGUGGCUACCUACUGGCUGAAGAUGGGAAAACCUGUGAAGAUAUCGACGAGUGUAAAACAGAGGAAACCAACUGUGCACAUGGCUGCCGCAACACGCUGGGCUCCUACGCUUGCGUUUGCAACACCGCCUAUGAGCUGGGAUCUGAUGGGAAGCAGUGUUACAGAAUUGAGAUGGAGAUUGUGAACAGCUGUGAGAGCAACAACGGUGGAUGUUCUCAUCGCUGCCAGCAUUCGACCAGCGGGCCCGUGUGCACCUGUAACCAUGGUUACCGGCUCAACGAUGACCUGAAAACCUGUGUUGAUGUUGAUGAGUGUGGAGAACAGAGCUCCUGUUGUGAGCAGGACUGCACCAACUACCCCGGGGGUUAUGAAUGCUACUGCUCAGCAGGACACAGACUCAAUGCAGAUGGAUGUAGCUGUGACGAUGUGGACGAGUGUCUGGCUGCUAAUGGCGGCUGUGAUCACACAUGCCAGAAUAUCGCCGGCUCCUUCCAGUGCUUCUGUCGCCGGGGUUUCCAGCUGGACGAGGACAGGCGCUCCUGCAUCCCUCUCGAAGGUGCAGUUGAGUCUCUCUCCAGCGGAGGCGCCAUCGAGCUGUCCCUCAUUCACCCCCAGCUCACCUUGCUCCGCGACUACGACCAACCCCUGGAGCGUUACGACGACUACGAAGAUGACGAUGGGGAGCUCAGGGCCGAGAGCAGCCUGGCCGAGAAAUUUGUGUGCCUGGACGACACCUUCGGCAGCGACUGCAGCCUGACCUGUGAUGACUGCACUAAUGGGGGACUAUGCAACAUUUGGAAAAACGGCUGCGACUGUCCAGACGGAUGGACGGGAAUCAUCUGCAAUCAGACCUGUCCUGUGGGGCAUUUUGGAAAAAACUGCUCGUUUUCCUGCAAGUGUAAAAACGGAGCCAGCUGCGAUUCGGUCAGCGGGAGCUGCCGCUGCCCUCCUGGUGUGACUGGAGAUUUGUGUCAGGACGGUUGUCCUAAAGGUUUCUAUGGGAAGCAGUGCAACAAGAAGUGCAACUGUGCUAACAACGGCCGCUGCCACCGAACCUACGGAGCCUGUCUGUGUGAAGCCGGACUGUAUGGACGCUUCUGUCACCUUCCAUGUCCUAGGUGGACCUUUGGAGCUGGCUGCUCUCAGGAGUGUCAGUGUGACCAGAAAAAGACAAAGGACUGUCAUCGCCACCAUGGCACCUGUAUCUGCAAACCUGGUUACCACGGCAGCACCUGCAAUGAAAGCUGUGAAACUGGUACUUUUGGACUCGGCUGUGAGCAGAAGUGUGCCUGUCCACCUGGAGCGUCCUGUGAUCAUGUGACUGGAGCGUGCCAACGAAAAUGCCCCGCUGGGCGUCAUGGGGAGAAAUGUGAGCAAGAGUGUCCAGAGGGGAUGUUUGGACCUGGCUGCAUCCAGCCGUGUAACUGCACCGGUGCGCCAUGUGACAAGGAGACAGGACAAUGCCACUGUCAAACUGGGAUGCAUGGAGAGCACUGUGAGAACUUGUGUCCGGAGGGUUUCUGGGGUCCCGGCUGCAGGGAAACCUGCCCCGCUUGUGAGAACGGGGGUGCCUGUGAUAAACACAACGGGUCCUGCAGCUGCCCGCCUGGAUACAUGGGAACACUCUGCCAAACCUCUUGCCCAAGUGGACGUUUUGGUCUGAGAUGCCAGAUGAAAUGUGUGUGUGAGAACAAUGCUCGCUGUGACCCAGAGAGUGGACAGUGUACCUGCGCUCCUGGAUGGACUGGACACGACUGCAGAAAAGUUUGUGAUGCAGGGCACUGGGGCGCUGGCUGCGCAGAAACAUGUGACUGCAGAAAUGGAGACGGAAGCUGCGACGCUGUGACGGGCCGGUGUAGCUGUGAAGCAGGAUUCACUGGACCGAGCUGCCAGCAGAAGUGCCCUGCAGGUCUGUUUGGUCUGAGUUGUCGUCGCGUCUGUCAGUGUGAAAAUGAAGCGCAGUGCGACCAUGUGAGCGGCGCCUGCACGUGUCAGGUGGGAUGGACGGGUUCCUUCUGCGAAAAGCCGUGUCCUCAGGGUUUCUACGGUCUGGACUGCCAGGAGAAGUGUUUCUGUCAGAACGGUGGGAGUUGCGAUCACAUCAGCGGCGUUUGUUCCUGUCCUGCAGGCUGGAUCGGCCCAUUCUGCAAUCUGACGUGCCUGGCUGGUUUCUAUGGGCCGGGAUGUAACCGAACCUGUGGCUGUCGCAACGGCGGCAUCUGCCACCCAGCCGGUGGCCAGUGCUCAUGUAUGCCCGGCUGGACCGGACCCAACUGCACAGAAGAAUGCCCGGCUGGGUUUUAUGGGGCAGACUGUCAGCAGGUCUGCUUGUGCCAGAAUGGAGCCACCUGCAACAAAACCGAUGGAAAAUGUUCAUGUCCAGCUGGAUGGACGGGUACGGCCUGCGAACUGGAGUGCACGGCGGGCCGUUUCGGGGCCGACUGCCAGCAGCGGUGUGAAUGUGAGAACGGCGGCGUGUGCGACAGCCAGGCCGGCCGGUGCAGCUGCAGCGCCGGCUGGGUCGGAGAGCGCUGUGAGAAAGCGUGUGAAGCAGGCCUGCACGGGGCUGGCUGCACUGAGCGCUGCCGCUGUGCGCACGGGGUUUCCUGUCAUCACGUGACCGGGGAGUGCCGAUGUUCUCCAGGCUGGAGGGGAAAGCUCUGUGACAAAGCAUGUUUGCCCGGUACAUUCGGUGAAGGCUGCAUGCAGCGCUGCAGCUGCGCACAGGAAACUUCCUGCCACCACAUCUCUGGAGAGUGCGGCUGUCCUCCUGGAUUUACCGGCAACGGCUGUGAACAGACUUGUAUUCCAGGAUUGUUUGGGCCAAACUGUAACCAGGUCUGUCAGUGCUCAGAGACGAACCAGCUCUGCCACCCGGUGUCUGGAUCCUGUUACUGCGCCCCAGGUUUCCAUGGCUCCAAAUGUGACCAAAGCUGUGAAGAGGGUCGUUAUGGUCCCGACUGUCAGAAAGAGUGUCGGUGUGAAAACGGAGGAAGGUGUGUUCCUUCAACUGGAAGCUGUGAAUGUCCAGCUGGGUUCAUCGGCCCGAGCUGCAACAUCACGUGUCCAGUCGGGCGCUAUGGCGUCGACUGCAACCGUUUGGCUGUGUGUGGAGACGGAGCCCAGAACGACCCCAUCACAGGUCGAUGUGUGUGCAUCCCUGGACGCAGAGGAGAGGACUGUGGACAAAGCUGCCCUCUCGGCUGGUUUGGGGGAGAUUGCACUCAGCGCUGUAACUGCAGUAACGGAGGGUUGUGCGACUCUGCGACGGGCAACUGCACCUGCGGUCUGGGCUGUACUGGGAAACGCUGCGACAUCGAGUGUCCCGUGGGCCGAUUCGGUGCAAACUGUCAGCUGAAAUGUAGCUGUCAAAAUAACGGCUCUUGUGACAAAGUGACGGGAACGUGUCAGUGCGGAUCGGGCUACUAUGGACAUCUGUGUGAACACGCCUGCCCUCCUGGUUUCCACGGUCCGCUGUGUCAGCUGCAGUGUGACUGCAUGAACGGCGCCACCUGUCACCCCGUGUCGGGCCACUGCAUCUGUCCUCCAGGACAUCAUGGAGCCCGCUGCCACAGAGCAUGUGAGCUGGGGAGGUACGGUCAAGGCUGCGUCGGGGUGUGUGACUGCGAAGACGGCUCCCCGUGCGAUCCUGUAACCGGAAGAUGCAUCUGUCCCUCCGGGAAGACAGGCGCCAGAUGUGAUAUUGGUAAUCUUUAGUUCUUUAUCCACACAUUACCUCCGAAAACGGGAAAUAAAAAAGAAACAUGCACUUGCUUUCAUAACAUCAGAUAAUCUUGCUUUGGGCUCAGAGAAUCUCAUGCUGGAUGCGGUUUUAAUUGGAUUAUGCAAGAAACUAGGAGACUUGAGUUCAUUUCAAAAACAGGUGAAAACGUUGAGCUUUAAAAGCUGAGACUUCCGGAUCUCAACCUACUUUUAACCAACAGGAUGAAAUGAAAUAUAACAUUUUGUCUAUUUUAUUUUUAUGAAACAGCAUGACUAAACAAUAAUAAUUAGCUACUUUUAAACAAACAUGGAGAUGUCUGAGGUCUAAACGUGUGACACAUUUCUCUUUACUCGAAGUGGGAAAAACGAAGCCAAUACAUUUCACAACAACUCAAGUUCAGAACUGACAGGAAGUCUUCAGAAGUCCGUCCGACUACAACACACUGGCUUUCUUAUUCUUGCACCAAACGAAGAGAAAGAUUUGCCCAGAUGGUGAAUCAAGAGAAAACAGGAGGGACAACAUGAAGGUUAAAGUUCUGGGAGAGACUUUGUACUUGUGAACUGUAUUGACCUUUAAUAUUCUCCUGCUAUGGUUGUUGGACAUGCUGACAUCAUCACGUCAGCAUGCAUAGAUGGCAGUCUGACAAUGAACUACAGCUGGAAUUGUUGAUGGGAAGCAAUUCUGACAGCUUGAGUUGUUGCAUCUGAAGGCUGAUGCAGAGACACGAGGUAUUUCUCUGUUCGCAUAAAUUUAAGUGUGGAAAAUAAAAUAAAGAUGACUAAUCUUUAGUUUUAACGAUGAUUCUCAAUUAAAGAUGCUGUACUUAUUUAAUAUGUACAGAAUUUUUAUUACUGAAAGUAACAUAGAUACGUAAUUAUGCAAUAAAAUGGCAUAAUGUGCCUGGAAAAU